AUGCUGGCCAUUAACGCUAUCCGUCGUGCGCCUACCAUUUUGCGCAAUGCUGCACCUCUUUCGACUUGGUCCGCUGUUCCAGCCGGCCCUCCUGAUCCGAUCCUCGGUAUCACUGAGGCAUUCAAAGCCGACAAGGACCCUCGUAGAAUCAACCUUGGUGUUGGUGCAUACAGAGAUGAGGAUGGCAAGCCGUACGUUUUGAACGCAGUCAAGAAGGCUGAGGAGAAGAUUGCUGCUGCCAAGCUCGACAAGGAGUACCUCCCAAUUACCGGGUUGCCUGGCUUCACUAGCAACGCAGCUAAACUAGCGUAUGGCGUCGAUAGCGUGCCACGGAACCAAAAUGCGAUUGCUGUGACCCAGUCUAUCUCUGGAACUGGUGCUCUCAGAAUCGGUGGUACUUUCUUGGCAAGACACUACCCGCACUCCAAAACUAUUUACGUUCCUACACCCACAUGGGGCAACCACAUACCUCUUUUUAAGGAUUCUGGCCUGGAGGUUAAAUAUUACAGGUACUUUGACAAGAAAACUGUCGGUCUGGACUUUGCAGGCUUGAAGGAGGACUUACAAAAUGCCCCAGAAGGCUCCAUUGUGUUGCUGCAUGCUUGCGCACACAACCCUACUGGAGUUGACCCUACUCAGUCGCAGUGGAAAGAUAUUUCGGAUAUCAUUGCUGAGAAGAAACUUUUCCCUUUCUUCGACAUGGCAUACCAGGGCUUUGCUUCAGGCUCGACUGAUCGUGACGCAUUCGCUGUGCGAUACUUUGUCUCGCAAGGCCACCAGAUCGCUCUUUCACAAUCGUUCGCAAAGAACAUGGGUUUGUAUGGAGAGCGUGUUGGUGCGUUCUCUCUUACGACCGCUAGUGAAGAGGAGAGGAAGCGAGUGGACAGUCAAUUGAAGAUCAUUGUGCGCCCGAUGUACUCGAACCCUCCCCUGCAUGGUGCCCACAUUGCCAACACGAUUUUGUCGGACCCUGAACUCUACCAAGAAUGGGAGGGUGAAGUAAAGGGCAUGGCGGACCGCAUUAUCAACAUGCGUGAACGCUUGUACCAGCUGUUGAGCAAUGAUUUCCGGACACCUGGGGAAUGGAGUCACGUAAAGAGCCAAAUUGGCAUGUUCAGCUUCACCGGACUUAAUAAGGAGCAAUGCAAAGUCCUUGCGGAGAAGGCGCAUAUUUAUAUGACGAUGGACGGACGUAUUUCGAUGGCAGGAUUGAAUGGUAGGAACAUCGAGUACUUCGCUAAGAGUGUGGAUGCAGCAGUUAGAGGUGACUUGUAG